AUGCCGAAGUACUACUGCGACUAUUGCGACGUGUUCCUCACGCACGACUCGCCAUCAGUGCGAAAGUCGCAUAACGAUGGAUGGAAGCACAAGGCCGCCGUGCGUGCCUACUACGCGCAAUUCGAGCAGGAUCUUACGCAGAGCCUCAUCCAGCAGAAGAUCAAGGAAUACCAAGAGGGCAAAACUGGAUUUGGCCCUGGCCACAUGCCCUCGGGUCCGCUUGUGAUCAAUCCGCACGCUCCCCCUCCCGGCAUGGGCGGUCCCGGCAUGAUGCGACCCCCUAUGAUGGGCGGUCCUGGCAUGCUUCCCCCUCCCGGCAUGAUGCCGCCCGGUAUGCCUCCGCACGGCUUCCCCGGCUUUCCUGGUCACUUCCCCGGUGCUCCCGGCGGCCCGCCUCCCGGCAUGGGCGCUCCUGGUGGCGAGGGAGCCGACAGCGGCCACAAGCGAUCGCACGACGAGAGCCAGGCGACGGACCACCAGCGCAUGGGCUUCCCACCCGGACCGCACCACGGAGGACCUCCGGGCGGCUUCCCGGGGCACAUGGGCGGUAUGCCGCCCGGCGGGUUCCCUGGCGGCCCGCCUCCUGGCUACCCCCCCCAGCACGACGACCCGACCAAGCGCAGGCGGCUAGACGACGACGAGGACGAUGGCUAUGAGCAGUAG